AUGUUUGAAUUUGGGGUUUCAGGAGAGUGGUUCAACGUAGACCCGGAAGCUAUAAUUAGCCAAGCACUCAAAACAGGAGGUGGACCCAAUGUUUCAGAUGCUUAUACUAUGAAUGGCCUUCCUGGGUUACUCUACAAUUGUUCUUCUAAAGAUACAUACAAGCUAAAAGUGAAGCCAGGGAAAACAUAUCUCUUAAGACUAAUCAACGCUGCACUCAACGACGAGCUCUUCUUCACCAUAGCCAACCACACAUUAACGGUAGUCGAAGGCGACGCGAUAUACACAAAACCGUUCGACACCGAUAAACUCCUAAUCACCCCGGGCCAAACCACAAACGUUCUAUUAAAAACCAAACCUGAAUACCCCAAUUCCAAAUUCCUCAUAGCCGCUAGACCAUACUCCCCCGGUCAAGGCACAUUUGAUAACUCCACCACUAUGGGCAUCCUUGAAUAUGAACACCCAUUUAAAAAACCAUUCAAAAACCUCACUUUAAUUCAACCAAAUCUCCCACAAAUUAACGACACACAGUUUGUUUCAAAUUUCACAAUGAAAUUUCGUAGCUUAGCCAAUUACGAAUUCCCUGCAAACGUACCUAAAACAGUGGACAAGAGGUUUUUUUUCACUGUUGGACUUGGGACAAGUCCUUGUCCUAAGAACACAACUUGUCAGGGUCCUACCAAUUCAACUAAGUUUGCAGCUUCGGUUAACAACGUGUCGUUUACGUUACCUUCGGUGGCAAUUCUUCAAGCUUAUUAUUUUGGACAAUCGAAUGGUGUUUACACGACGGAUUUUCCGGUGGAACCGAUGGUUCCGUUUAAUUAUACAGGGAUUGCACCGAAUAAUACGAAUGUGAUGAAUGGGACUCGUACGGUGGUGUUGCCGUUUAAUACGAGUGUGGAGCUAGUGAUGCAGGAUACCAGCAUUCUUGGUGCUGAGAGUCAUCCAUUGCAUCUUCAUGGUUUCAAUUUCUUUGUUGUUGGACAAGGGUUUGGGAACUUUGAUCCGGUUAAGGAUCCGGCGAAGUUCAAUCUUGUUGACCCGAUGGAACGGAAUACGGCCGGUGUGCCUGCCGGUGGUUGGAUAGCCAUUCGGUUCUUAGCAGACAACCCAGGGGUGUGGUUCAUGCACUGUCACUUAGAUGUUCAUACAAGCUGGGGACUGAAAAUGGCAUGGAUAGUGUUGGAUGGUCCGGAACCGAAUCAGAAGCUGCAACCACCACCGUCCGAUCUUCCACGGUGUUGAUAUCAAGUAACCAUUACUGAUCUUCUGCAACAUUGAUUCCGCGCUACCGUUACCGUUCCGAAUCGCUCUAUAGCUAUACAAAGUAACCAUGUCAUUCCCUUUUUGGUCAUCGUUUUUGAGUCUAUCAAUUAUGAGUCGCCUACAUUUCUUCAUUGUAACUUUAAUUUCACGCCAUUGUGGAAUUGAGUCUAUCGAUUAGGUUGUUUUGCUAUGUUUUGAGGGCAUAAAACAGCAGUUGAGGUGUAAACAUCUGAUGGAUUUGUCUUUGUUUUAAUUUUAAUAAUGAUUUGUUUGUAAUAAUUAAGUUUAAGCUGUUAUCAUUACUUAUUUGCUGCAAAUAAAAGUUAUGUAAUUUCUUGCUCCUAAA